GUUCCGAAAAAUUCCGUAGCUGCAGUCGGCGAGCGAAGCUUUCUGGCACCCCUCGGCGCUGCUGGGUUCACGUAUGCCUGGGAUCGACUUCAUUUAACUUCACCAAGUUCUGCUAUCAGCAUCAGCGAAGAUGAAGUUUCUGGAAGUGUUGGUGUGCGUAGGAUUCGCUCUUUUGUCCACGACAAACGCGGCAGCCGUUCCUUCGAAGGCCAGUCUCUCUCCCAAAGACAAGCUGGCCCUCGAGAUUCCGAUCAAGCAGCACCUCACGAACAAAGCGCAAGGGAAGCAGGAAGGGGUGAAGGUCAGUUACCCAACCACCACCACCACCACUACUGAAACGCCGAAGCCCCAGAGACCGAAGUAUGUCGACGCUGCCGUCUUCAGACACCAGUUCACCACCGCUGCUCCUCCGUCCGGUCCUUCGGCAACGGCGGAAGAACAGGCCACCGUCGUCGAAGUCAGCCGGGUGACCGGCAGAGAUGUCGCGGGGCCCUUCGCCGAGGCGUUCAGCUUUCCCCAGACUGCGACGGCCAUCAUCGGGUCCAGCGCAGCCACCGCCGUGGAGCCCGUUGAGGAUGUCGAGUCGUACGACUACGAAGCCCUCCUGGCUCUAGAGGAUCUUAGUCCCUUCGGAGGGGAGUUGGAUAUCCUAGGAGGCGACGCUAGAAGCGCUGCUUACCUCUCAAGUUUCAGACCUGUCGGAUUCUAAGGCUUCGACGCUCUACGUUCGCCAAUAGAUAAAAGUGUAUUUGGGUUCUCUUAGGUUGCUAAGAAUACGUGGGAUAGAAGUCAAAGUUGUCUUUUUUGCUCGUCUGUUAUAUUGUCUGUCUGUUCCUGGAAGUGAGAACUAUUCAUAACAAAAUACAUAGGAAGAGCUGUAACAAGUGACCACCUAGUAAUAAUAACAAUAGGCAAAAAACCUCUCAUAUAAGCUACAGUUGUAUAAACUACAGAAAGAAUGAUGUAUUCAUGACGGCACAGCCAUAGGAACACUUGUAGAAGAAAUGUUUCUUGCUCCCCCAAGCACUCUCUCCCAUUCUCUCAUUACGAAAUGGAUAAUUAUUUUAAAGAUUUACUGGGAUGAUCUAGGUGUUCUCUGCUCCACUUUGAUUUUUAAAAGUAUUCUUGAAUUCAUCUAACAUUUCUGCUUGAAUAAGAUCUCUCUUAGUAGACUGAAUGUGCUUGAGAUCACUUGAUGCUUGACAGUAAUAGUUUUUGAGCAUCUAAAACUUCAUUUAUUUACCAAUGACAUUUUCGGACUGAAUCACUGACAAACAGAUUCACCUCUUUCGUCAGUUUCCUGAUGUCAUGAAUAGAAUUAUUCUUGUUGCCAUAAUGAUAUGAUGACCGUAUCCAAGUGUGUUUGUAAAAGAUGGGCCAUAAUUAUUUCUUGGUAAUUAAGUCUUUACACUUCUAAAUGGGAACAGUAACAGUCCAAUUUAAAAUUAAGUUUAACAGAUUGAGGAAAUUCUUAUUGAACUGAUAUAUAUUAUAUACAUAAUAUAUAUUUAUAUAAAUGCAUAAAUGAAUGAGUAGAUAUAAUUAUAUAUAUA